CCUGGCUGAGGUGCCCGGGGCUUUGAAGAAGGACGGAGGCUGUGGAGAAUACAGGACCGGUGGAAACUUCUCUCCAUUCAAGCCACCAAGUUUGGAGGACAUCAACAUGCCUGGAGAAGAACUCAAUCCGGGCCCAUCUCCAGAUCAGCCGAGGGAAGCUGAAAGAGAAGGAGAGGCCCAACCUUCUCCAGGAGAUGCAGCACCUACCAACGUCACAGGAGAGCAGAAGACCCCAUCCAAGCCUGAUCACCAAGGAGGAGCAGAUCAUCUCCAGAACAUGGGGACUAUCAAUCCAGGCUUCGUAGAAGAACCUCCGCCAUAUGCUCCACCGGAUCCGAAAGACAUUCACUUGUACCCACCGUUCCAAAAUGAUCUCCCACCACUGAGUUACAUCUUUUACCAGCCAACGGCGCCAUCCCAGGCCCCAAGCCAACCUCCAAAUGUGAUACCAAGCUCCUAUCCGUUCACCAUUGAUGACCCAACUUCAAAUUUCAUAUCGAUCCGGAAUUUUGCAGCACCGCAACUGACACUUGCAUGCGGCUGCUUCAAACAGUACCAGAGUGCCUGGCACGGCGAGAGCCCCCCAGUUGGUCAGCAGAGGUUGCCACCCAAGGAUUAUAUGGUGGAAUCAAUACUGGUGACAAUUUUCUGCUGCUUGUUCACGGGACUGGUAGCCCUUGUCUAUUCCCAUGAGACCCGGGCCGCUCUGAACCGAGGUGACCUCAUCCAAGCCACGAUGGCUUCCCACAAAACCCGCUGGCUCGUCUUGUUCAGUCUCUUCUUGGGCCUCUUUGUGUCCAUCAGUUGGAUUAUCUACGUGGUGGUAACCUUGUAUCUAUGAGCCAGAAGGUUGGGAUGGACCUUCGGGUUUCCUACGAAGUUGUGGCAUGGAGCCUUCAUCCUUUUCAACCAGCUUGGGGACCAAUUUCUCAUGUUGCCACUUUCUUCUGUCUCUUCUCCAAAACCAACCACAUUGACACCUUUCGUGAAGGAACGAUUGUCCUAAAGAAAAUGAAGAGACCCACCACCACCACCAAGCUGGAAAGAGGACUCCAUAGUGCAAAGCACUGAUAUACCUUCUUUCAGAACUUACCAAGGCUAACUUAAUUGUUAUUUUGUCAGGGUAAUGAUGAUUUAAAGCUGACCAGCCAAUGUAAGGCUGUAGUUUAAGACGAUGAAAUGAGGAUGAGUCAGCAGAGGUAUUGCUGCUUUAAGAAGCUGAGGUAUUGCCACUUUAAGAAACUUGUCUAUAUAAAGGAGGCCACGAGAGGGGAUAUGUCUCUCUCUCUCUCCUUGUGUAUCUCUCUCCUUGUGUCCGGUAUCCAUUGCUAAGUUCUGUGUAAGGUUAAGAAGAUUGUCAGAUAUUUACUUCUCUGAAUAUGUUGUAUAUAAACCACUGUUAAAAUGCCAGAUGCUCCUUGGAAAAGCUUCAGGCUAUCCUUGGGGCAGGUCAGGAGGGGAAUCCUUGGUCCGUGGGUUCUCCAGGCAUCGAGAUCAAAUCAGGAGCAAUGCCCCUGUGAAGACAUCAGGAGUUCCAUAUGGACUUUUAUUGAGGAUGCUGAAUUAGGAACAAUAAAUGCUAGAAGCAAUUUUGCCCAUUCAUGCCCAUUUUGUGCUCAUUGACCUACAGGUGUAAAUAGGGGUCAGCAACUGAUCUUCAUUCCCUCCUUGCCUAGAUAAAAGAUUGGACAGAUGGAUGGAUGGGCAGACAGAUAGACAC